CCAGUUCACUGAUCAUGGUCAGAUUUUAGAAAGAGAAGAAAGCAGAUUAGUGGAAAUGCCAGAUUAAUCUUUAAAUCCCCCUUCAAGUGCAGUGGUUGUGCAUGGAUUAAACAUAUGGCAUUGCACAUAAAUGCAACAACAGUGAGGAGGAGUCAUUAUACGUUAUUAAAGAAUUUGAAACCAUGGAUGAAGAUGGAGAAUUACGUAUAUCUCCAACUGUGCAAAGCAGUUUUGAAAAAUGGCAUCGAGUUUGCGAAGCACGUGCACACAGUAUGCACCAGCACUUGUUUGAACAUGGUGACAGCAGUUCAGAUGAAGAAACAAAGUCGGAAGAUGUUCGUGCUCAUAAACAGGAUGAUACCAUGUUUCAACAUGAAGUUGAGCAGAGUUUGUUCAAACAAAUUCGUGGAUACAGAUUCCCCAAGACUAUUAAUCCAGAAACUGAUAUGUUAUAUUUGUUUUGGCAAUUUCUUGCUUCAUUAUCAUUGGUUUAUAAUGCAAUCUGCAUCCCACUACGCACUUGCUUUCCUUUCCAAACCAGCAGCAAUAUUUCCGUAUGGAUGACAGUGGAUUAUUUGGCCGAUAUGACGUAUAUUGUGGAUGUAUUUCUGUUUCAAAUUCGGCGACAGUAUAUUCUAGGGGGUGUAAUGCAAGAAGACCCUAUACUAACGAAAAAGGAGUAUUUAAAAAGCGAACGUUUUAAAAAAGAUGUCGUCGCAAUGUUGCCAACUGACCUGCUGUACAUUGCUUUUGGUGUGAAACCUGCUUUUAGAAUAAAUCGACUUGUGAGAACCAACUCAUAUUUUGAAUUCAACAACCGGUUUGAAAUGUUGCUGAAACGAGCGUAUGUUUAUCGUAUUGCAAGAACCACUUGCUACCUUCUGUAUGUAAUCCACCUGGAUGCCUGCUUCUACUACUGGUUGUCGUACCUCAGUGAUUUUAAAAGUGAAUGGGGUUACUUGUUGGAAGGAAACGCUUAUGUCCGCUGCUAUUUUUGGGCGUUUAUGACAACGGUUACUAUCGGCAACGUACCAGAACCUGUGACAACAAUUGAAUAUCUUGUUCAAAUAUUCAAUUAUUUUGCCGGGUUGUUUAUUUUCUCAAUUGUGAUUGGUCAGGUUCGCGAUUCAGUGCAUUCUGCCACAGCUGAACAAGAAACUUACAGGUCACAGAAAAAUUCAACAAUAGAUUAUAUGCAGAAAAAUCAUAUUCCUGUGAGAAUUCAAAACAAAGUGAGGCUCUGGUUUGAAUAUACAUGGAACACCCAGAGGAUUUUGGAUGAAACUGCCUUGCUCAAACAAAUGCCAGAUAAAAUGCACACAGAUUUGGCCAUCAAUGUUCAUAUGGAUGUACUCAGUAAAGUUGAGAUAUUUAAAGAAUGUGAUAAACAACUUCUGUAUGAUCUGUUGCUUCAUUUGAAACCAAUCCUCUACUUGCCAGGUGACUAUGUGUGCAAGAAGGGUGAAGUUGGAAGGGAAAUGUACAUUAUAACAAAUGGCAUGGUACAGGUGGUAGGAGAUACAUCUUCUGUGGUCUUUGCUUCCUUACAUCCUGGGACUGCUUUUGGUGAGAUAAGUUUGUUGGCCGUUGGAGGGGGUAACCGUCGCACUGCCAAUAUUUACAGUCCAGGUUACACAACUUUAUUUAUUUUGUACAAAAAUGACCUGAAUGGGGUUCUAAAAAAUCACCCAGAGGCUCAAAAAAUACUGAAGUCUAAAGCGAGAAAAAUGCUGAAAAAAGACAACUCCAAGAAAAAGCCGGCUCCACCUGUGUCUACCGUGCCCACCCCUGUGAACACAAAUGGUGGCGGCGGUCUAAUAAAGACAAUUUUGCACGUGGCAAAAAUGACUAACAUUGAUUUGAAGCAUCUCAAAACAUUUAGUUUAAAGAAUAAAAAUGCCGCUGAUAAAACAGAAAAGGAAGAACGCAAUAAAGAAGAUUAAAACUUUUCUAAACGUGUCAUUUGCUUAUUUAUUGGGUUUAAUGGGUUCAAGGCUCGUCGCUGCUACCAUUGUGGGCAUAUGUGUCCUUGGGCAAUUGCUUCAAUCCAGUGGUCAUUAAUGGGUUGUCAAAAUUAUCAGCUAAACAUAAUAACAAAAAUCCAAAAAACAUAAUCACCCACAAAGUAACAUGCUCGGUAACUUGUAAGCUGGCAUGAGGUGUAUAAACACCUCUGUUAUAAGGACUGUCGUUUUCUGGCUACGCGAGGACGAAGUAAGUUAUAUUCAUUCAUUCAAUAUAAAAUAACAGCGAUAUCAUGUUUUUAAGCUGGUCUGCUGAUGUUUACCAAAGUCUUUGUUGUGGUUUGUACAAUGUUUGUUGUUAUUGUAAAACAAAACAAAUGUUUGCAAUAAA